AUGGGCCAGUCUGCCACGAAAUCUGGAGUUGUUAUUUGGGGUCCUCCGGAAGGCGACGACAAUGCGUGGGAAGGGGCCCCCUCCGGGUCUCUUGGGGGGCCCUCUGGCGCUGCUUCCUCCUCUGCAGGGGCCCCCACCUCCUCAGGGGGGGGCUCUCCUGGCCUUCAACUGCGUCUAGUUGAGGGUUUAUCUGCUGCUGGAGUUCAAGCGAUUGCUGCAGGAGGGAAGCACUUUGCUUGUCUCUCGCAAACAGGAGAUCUGCAUGUUUGGGGCUGUGGUAGUCAGGGGCAGCUGGGCUUAGGAGAUUUUGCUGAUGCUCCGCGUCCUAAGCUGCUGAGGCCUGUAUUAGGGAAGACAGUUGUGGCAGUCUCCUGUGGGGCGCAGCACACUGCAUGCAUUUUAAAUGAUGGCUCCGCAUACACCUGGGGCUGUGCUGCUCACGGGUGUUUGGGGCUUGAGGAGCUGCAGCAGCAGCAGCAGCAGCAGCAGCAGCAGGGGGGAGCAGCAGCACAGGGGAGUGGAGACAGUACGGAGCAGCAGCAGCUAACUGUCUCCUCUCCUCAGAGAGUGCAGAGACUUAAGAGACAGUACGGAGCAGCAGCAGCUAACUGUAUCCUCUCCUCAGAGAGUGCAGAGACUUAA